CGGUAGCACGACAAAGUACAGAAAACGUUUCGCUGGCUGAAUGACUAGCUGGCUGGUGGUGAUCGCAUCCCAUUCAUUAUUCGUUGUGGUCGGUUUCAUUUCGUCGCUCCAAAGGCAAUGGAGGGAUAGAUCAUUAAGUUCAAAUAUCUAAAUUUAAAACAAACAAACAAACAAAUAAGAAAUCUGAGCAACAAAGGCCGCCGCACAAUAAAAAGAAAGCAUAGCCAAAGCAAAAGAAAGAAUUUAAUCAAAACCGCCUAAAAAGAAUGGGAAAAUCUAGUGAAAAUAUGUGAAAAAAAAACUAUGUAAAAUAUAUAAUUUAAACUGGCAUAGAAGAAGAUACCACAAAUCUACAUUUGUUUAUUCGGAAGUAAUUGCUAAAAUAAACCACAUUAACUUUGAAAGUCAAUUAAAAUCAACAAUAGCAGCAACAACAACCAUAGAGAUCCCACAAAUCCAUAAUAAACACAUUUUUUAUUCUUCAAAAUUUUGAUUGAUAGAGACUACGCAAGGCAAGCGAGAGAGAGAGAGAGAGAUGGAGACCCAAAACCGGCACGCUCAUUACUCAGCCACAUUACAAUCACGAAAAACCCCCGCCAUCACCACACUACGUCUCUCCAAGUCCACCGCCAUCUCCAUUGUUUUGUUUACAUUCUUCACGAUUCCGACUACGACAUGUGCCAAAGAAUACCCCUGUCCCUAUUCCCAAACAGUGAACAUAACGGAUGGUCUACGCCUGAAAGAUGGAUCCUACUCGUUUGAAGGUUUGAUUAUACCGGCAAAUCUCACGGCGGAAUACAAAAUCAAAAUAAUCGAUGGCAUCGAAUAUUCGGCACCGAAACAUUGGCGCGGCUGUGCUUGCCUCCUGAAACCCUGUGUUACCUUCUGUUGUGCCCCGAAAAUGCACUACGACGAGAAACAUCACAACUGUAGUCUCAACGAAAAGGAUGGGCAUUCCCAACACACCCACAUUGAGGUCACUUUCGGCAAUGGAACUACUAGUGCUUUGAAUAUUAAGGAUACGUUUAUUGUGCGCUAUGAGUUUGGCUGUCAGAAUAAAAUCGUCGAAAGGAAGAGAAACGAAUUUUGGAAAUGGGAUCUAUUUAAGAACGGCACACUGAAACGUGACGGCCGCUUGUACUCUACCGAUGAGUAUUGCUUUACACCGUUAGAGAAUAAAAAAACCUGGAGCUUGACACCAUUGACAUGUGAAAGAUUUAAGAAAGGAUUUCGGGUAUGGAUCUAUGCCAUAUGCACCAGUUUGGCGAUAAUUAUCAACAUUGGCAUUAUACUGAUGUUCAUAGCCAUAAAGGACGUAAGGAACAGUAAUUAUGGAGAAGGAUUAAUAUUUCAUCUAUUUUCACUGACCAUGGGUCUGUGUUUCCUGGUGUAUUUGCAUUUGAAAAAUCCCUUGAAUUUGUCGCAUACAGCGUGUCGAAAUAUAGGCUUCCUGGCAUAUUUCUUCAUAAUUGUCUCCUUUUUAAUUCUGAACAUCAUAAGCGGUAGCUUUUGGGCCAUAUUUUCGCUGAAGCCCAUCAAGACUUGGUAUUUAAAAGUGUUGUAUGGCCUCACAUUUGCUGUAGGUUUGGCCUUGAAAUAUAUUGUCAAGGCUGUGCAAGAUUCAAAUACGGGUCGUCACUUAAAGCCCGGCAUUGGCGAGGAUUUUUGUUGGUUCGACACACGCUUAUGGGGUAUACUUUUGUAUUUCUACAUACCAAUACUGAUCUCCAUGGCUGCUAGCAUGUUUUGUUCGGCCCGUGCCUAUUUUAAGAUCUUCCAAUUGCCCAGUGACACUCAGAUGGUUGCUGGAAAAGAUUUUAAAAUAACAAAAACACACUUUAUCUCGUACUGCAUUUACAUUUUGGUGGUAUUCUCUAUUUGGAUGCGUGAAAUGAUUGUCUAUAUAACAGCACGUAUAAGAGAACAUUUCUUCAUUAUCGAUUUCUGGAGCGGUAUAUGUGUACUGUCGCUGGCCUGUGUGGGUUUUGUAUUUUUGCUGUACAAAAAUAAAUUCGUUCAGAAAUGGUGGAGUGAAAAUGUCACCGGUACUGCCAAAAACACCGAAUACGAUUUAACGCCGGACUACUCCUUUUUACGUGUUCAAAAUGUCAAAAAAUCGGAACCAAGUGAUAAUGCUGAAAAUGGAACGGAAUAAACAUGGAAUGCUGUCCCUUCCCAUAAAGCCAUUGCAACAAAUUUUCACAAAAGAAAAGUCUGAAAUAUAAUUUUCUGCAAGUCAUUGUUAAUCUAUGUACUUAAUAAUAAAUAUUUAUAUAUUUAAUGGUUGAUCUAGUAAAUGAGGAAGAUGUUCCAAAAUGUCAAGUGGUGAAAAGACAAAAUAUUUGUUUGGGAAAAUCAAAUACAUUAGCGUCGAUUUUUUAAAAAUAUUUUUCAAAAGAACAUCAGAACCAUAA